AUGUUGGUCCGCCGGUACUCUGUGCUUUCGAAAGCACUGGGAAAAAUGAUGCCGCCUCAGGCAGAGGCUGCGGUCAGACUUGCGAAUCAAAUGCAGGACACGCAGGACCCCAAACUCAAGGCGGAAAUCGCUAAAGUUGCCAAGCUUGUUGAACCAGACCAACCGCUCCGUGAUCCGUUCUCUAUUGUGUCGGCGGAAAUGUCGACAUUGGCCGGCAACAUUGCCAGUCUCAUUGGUUCUGGCCAUCCGACACUCAACAAGGUCGCCGCUUAUUACUUUCAGAGCCAGGGCAAGCACGUUCGCCCACUGAUCGUCCUGUUGCUGUCAAAAGCCCUGAGCGAGAUCCCUGAGGCCGAGCGCACUCGCUACGGCAAGGUCGACAAAGACGACGUCCAUGCCCACAAGCCAAUGACCGGCGAAGGCAUCAAUGACCCUUUGUCGCCCCUGUCGAUUCUCCACGGCAUCAACCCCAAUCUUGUACUUAAUCCGCUCAGCAGACCUCAAGAUCCGUUUCCCAGCGAGUGCAAUGGUAUUUUGCCCAAACAACGCCGGCUUGCUGAGAUCGUCGAAAUGAUCCAUACCGCUUCCCUUCUCCACGAUGAUGUUAUAGACAACUCCGAGACCCGCAGAUCUAUGCCGUCUGGAAAUGUAGCGUUUUCCAACAAAAUGGCCAUCCUGGCAGGCGAUUUCCUUCUUGGCCGUGCUUCAGUUGCCAUUGCCCGUUUGCGAAAUGCCGAAGUUAUCGAGCUCCUAUCCACCACGAUCGCCAAUCUUGUCGAGGGUGAGUUUAUGCAGCUGAAAAACUCCGUCAACACCUCUUCAGAGGCUAAAAAGGCCAGCUUUGAGUAUUAUAUCCACAAAACCUAUCUCAAAACAGCCAGUCUUAUGUCCAAAAGUUGCCGAGCAACCGCUGUGCUAUCUGGCGCCAAUGACGACGUGGUCGAGGCCUCUUAUAUGUUUGGCCGUAACCUAGGCCUGUGUUUCCAAAUCGUUGAUGAUAUGCUGGAUUACACGGUUGCCGAAGAUCGCUUGGGCAAACCCGCCGGUGCCGACCUCAAGCUUGGACUAGCCACCGCGCCCGUCCUGUACGCUUGGGAAGAGUAUCCUGAACUCGGCGAAAUGAUCAAACGCAAGUUCAGCGAACCAGAUGACGUCUACAAAGCCCGCGAGUAUGUCAGAAAAACAGAUGGUCUCAAAAAGACCCGCGAACUUGCUGUACACUACCACGACGAGGCACUUCGCCAGCUGAGUGUAUUACCAGAUUCUGAAGCGCUUCAAGGAUUGAAAUCUUUGACAAAUGCAGUCCUGAACCGCUCAAAAUAA